AUCUGUAUAUUUAGGUAUCCAGACCACAUAAUGUACAGUACUGUGCUAAGUACUUUGUGCUGUAAGUACAGAUUUCUAAGGGAUGACAGCCAAACUGGAUAUGCUACUCUACUUGAAAUACUGAGAAAUAAAUUCAAAAAAGAGAGAAAGACACUUAUUUCAGUGGAGACUGUAGAAGACAUGAAAAAAAAGUUUGGUGCUGUGGGUCGAGGAAGGAAGCGUGCACCAGAGCAACAGGAACCGCUCAUGGAAAAGAGAAGAGAAUCUAUGCAAAGUGAGGAGUUCCCAGGAGAAGACGAGCAUAGUACUGUACACACUCGGGAAAGAAUGAUGGAGAAGAAGUCCACUGAAGAAGUCCUUGGUCUGUUUCCAUUCCUAAAGCAUCCUAAACUGCUGUUGCACGAAGUAGAACUACGUUUUGGAGUAAACUUGGAACGGAACCUAAUGAGUGGCCUAUCCAGAAUGGUAGAUCCUAUUUUCAGACUUUCUAGUGGGCAUCUUCUAACUACUGUGAUGUCCUACAUUGAAGAUGCUUCAGAUAAGACACAGGAAAAUGGACUGAGAAUGAAUGCUGCAUUGUUGCUGUUGCCAGCUUUGUUUCGAGAGAGGGAAAAUCUGUUGUUUGUUGUUGACCAAGUACCACCAUCACCUACGCCAACUAUCGUUUUCAAGGGAACAACAAGCCCAUUGGCAGCAGAUGACAUCUCUGUUUGUGUUGAUGGAAUUGAGAUACUCAGUGAUUAUCCAGGAAUGGAUAUCACCCUUGCUGUUGAAUGUAUUUUUUCUCUUUAUUUUUCCUUGGGCAUUGAGUAUCCUAAAGCUCUAAAAAAUUUUCUGACUUUCAUGGAAAGGUACUUCAUGAAGCUGAGUACCUCUGACAAAGUACCUUUGCCAGUGUUAAAGAUGUACAGUCAAAUAACUGCACUUUUACUUGGGGAAUAAUUAUAUUGAUCUGAUGGAAUGCCAUUUUAACAUUUAAUCUGAAAUUAAAUGAAUUUAUUGUGUCAACUAUUUAAUUUGAUUACAAAAACAGAAUGUUUGAUAUAAAAAUGUAAUUGUACAUAUCAAAAAAAGUAUUUAUUUUAAAUGUAAAUGGCUGAUUA